CUUACUUCACAGGUGUCCUCAAAUCACUGCUUCGCCUGAGAGGGCGGGAAAGAGAAACCCACAAAAAGAUUUCACAAGCCAGGAAGGAGAGAGGGGGCGGGGGGAAAGCGAGGACUUUGCCGCACCCAAGAUGGCCGCCGAGCGAGAGAGGAAGGCCUGAGGCGAGGCCGGCCAUUAUAUAAGGCCCGUCUCCUUGGUGACGACGUGAAAGGCUUCCGUGGGAGCAACACCGGGGAGGGGAAAGACGGCAGUCGCGGGAACCGCUUGGCAGGAGGAGACGCCGCUCCCCGCCCCGCUGCGGUGAGUUAUGGGGCCGUUGUAAGGAUUGCGAGGCGGCCUUUAAGUUUAUUUCUGACAAGGGGGGCGGGGGAAUCAGGCCUCGGAGGACUUCGACUCCCAGUAUGCACUGCGGUGCGCUGCCGCCGGCAUUGGGAAGCCUCGGGUGCCGCGUUGCAUGACGGGGCUUGUAGUCUAUAACAGCGGUGCUUUCCCUUCAGGCGCCCUUUAACUUUUAAAAUUAGGGCGCUUUGCGCUGGGUAGGGGGUCGUGUGUGAGAAAGAAGUGUCUCCUUUCUAUUCCUCCCCUCCUCCUCCUCUUAGCCCUCAGCAGCACCCUAUGGCCACAGGGGGCAUGACACCCCAAUCCCCACCCAAGGGUGCCCCACCAUUGAGACCCUUCAAAACUUUGUUCCUGCUUCCCCCCAAAAACAGGGAACCAGGGAAGUCGAGGCGCCUCUGUGCAUAUGCUUUGCUAUGAGACAGUGAAGCAAGGGUCCGAGAGCCCUCUGAGCACAUACAGAGUUCAGCCCAAACGCCCACACCCAGCUCAUGUUUUCAACGGCUCGCUUCUAAACCUGCCCUUCCUUACUUGGAUUUUAAGCCACACUGGCAUUUUUUAAAAUGCUUGGGGUGUGGGUGGAGUGGGGAAUCUGCAUUGAAAUAGUGCAGUACUGGACGCUGAGGUGGUUGGCAGUUGAUGGUCUUGGUAAUGAUAAAAUGAUGAUGAUAGUAAGAGUUCUGCUUUUGAUGCGAUUCAAAAUUUGGUCAAGCAAUCUUUUUUUAUGCUGGAGCUUUUUCUUCUUUCUGGUUGCCAUAUAACUUUGCCCAUGAGGGUGGUGUUGUUUUUAAAGCAAAGGUUAAAUAAUAAUUAUGAUUAUUCCUGUUAUCAUUAUCAUUUCCAUCCCACCCAUCUGGCUGGGUUUCCCCAACCACUCUGGGCGGCUGGGCUGUCCGUAUUGGACUAUGUCCCCUCAUAUAAGUAAGCCCCACUGAAUUCAGAAGGGCACAUGCCCAGGUAAGUGGGCAUAGGAUUUCCGCCUCAAUUUUAUGUGAGUGUAUGAUUUCGUACAAAUGCACAAUCAUGACUGUUUGAUGAUGCGAGAGUCUGCAUUAAGUACUGUAUCUGUAUUGCUCCAUUUUAUUGUCCUUAAAUUUGGGUUGUUGUAAAACUUAAAUAUCUCUUGAGAAAAAGAAUUUUACCUCAUUUUUUAUCCUGCUCUUUUUCCAAGGAGCUCAAGGUGGCAGGAAUGUUAUCAUCAUCAUCUCCCAACCCGGGAUUCAGUCACAUGCUGGAGGGUUGAGAAAUUAUAGUUGAUUAGGAGGUAUUGCACAACAAACCCAUUUCACUUCAAAAUCAGGACUUUCCUGCAACAAGGAUGGGGAAAUGCGCUGGUGUAGGCAUGGGGUAAUGAUUGCUUGACGCGGCACAAACAAAUCUUAACUAAUGCUCUACAAGCAGGUCAUCGGAAGCCGCUGUACACUUUUACCUUCUCAACAACCCUGCGAGGUAGACUGCUGAAAGACGGCGAUUAGCUCCUUGAUUAAGCUUUGCACCUGAGUUGGGAUUUGAACCAAAGCCUACCCACUUUUAAGACUGAUGCCUGCCCCUUGACUAGCAUUUUUUCCCCCUAUUUUUAAAAAAAGCAUAGUUUUGUCUUGGGACGUCAGCCCUCGCUCCCUGCCUCUCUAACCAGGACUUCCUCUUUUAACUUGCCGUUUUGCAGCUGCCAGCUGUUGGGGAGAAAAUGGUGCACAGAAUCGGCCUCUUCCUUCUGCUGGGCCUGUCUCUCGCGUCCUUGGGAGCCUGUGGUAAGUCAUCCCUCAUCCAUCAAAGGACGGAGUUUCGCCUCCGGCUAGAUUCCUUGCCGUUUCAAGCGAGUGUGAUCUUGUCAUGAGACUCACAAACCAGCAGUGCUUGCUCCAAAGACCACCACUUCCUGGGUCUAAGUAGGAAUGGCUUUUCAGUGGCUUUAAGGCUGGGGUGGGAAGCCCCCAGUUCAGGGUGCUGAUCUGCCCUCUCUCAAAACGCAUUUUCCUCCCCGCUCCUUACAAGACUCCACCAAUUUGGGUGGUAGCUGUAAAUAGGGAAAAAUCAAAAGUACUUCCACUGAGUUGGAAAGAGCCCAUUUACCCUGCUGUGGGAAUCUGAUGAUGCUCAUUCUUUGACCCUGCGGCAGGCAUACCUUUCCUUGAGCCAGGAAUAUAGUAUAAUAGUGGUCUCCCUGUAAAUGUUUAAACAAUGUCCUUUCAACAGGGGUCGGGGAGUCUUUUUCAGUCUGAGGGCCACGUUUCUUUCUGAGUGGUCUUCUGGGGGCUGCUUGGUACAGGCCAAAAGUGAGAAUGGAAAUUGUGGUUUUGUAUUGUGCUCUACUUUCUUCUCUCUCUCUCUCUCUCUCUCUCUCUCUCUCUCGCACCCCUCUCUAUCGCUGGUAUUAUAAGAGUUCCAGGCCCCAUUCUAGCCAGACAAAAACACACAAAGAGGAUCCAAAACAAGGCCAAAGCGGUUGGUGGCCUGACGGAGAGAUCAGGGGGGGGGGGUGAUUGGUGUCCACUUUCAGCCCCUGCUCCUUGAUGUUCCCCAUCCACAAAGAAAUGUAAAAUUCAGGCAAUGCCUUACAUUGGUUGGACAGUCAAAUCUAUUUGUUAGAAGCGAUUGGUCAUUGCAAAACUGCAACUGGGUUCAACACUAGUCAAUAAGGGCAUCGGAUCCUUCUUUCCUGUAAUUAUGAUUUUGUCUGAUUUGUUAGAGCAAAAACAGAAACCUAAUUUGUGGCAUAUUUAUCCCUAACCACCGAUAAACACUCAUGGGCGCCAUAAAGAUUCAGUCCAGUGUAGAAGUUUACUAGGUAGGUAUAAAAGCAUAUUGGUAGCAAAGAUAUACAGACAUUCACCACUGGUCAAGGCAGGCCUAGAGUCCAACAAGAGUCCAAGACUCACUCUCUGCUUCUCUCACCGCAAGACGCAAGCAAGAGACUCGCAGCAAGAUACUACAAGUUACACAGAACCUUUGUUAUCAGUGCAUCCUGUCACACUGCACAUGUCAGUUCCCACAGAAAAGGUCCUUGCAUAGACAAAAAAAAUCUCAGCCUUCUGCUGCUUCUUGAAACAUAUUAUCUGUUCUUCUCUGUUUCUGGAACAAAUGAUUCACACACAGAGAGAGAAUAUCCAACACCCCCUCUCAUUUUUACAGAAACAGUGGGAACCAUGACCAUGUACAGAGCGCUUACACAGCAUGCACUGCAAACCCCAACAUUUAAACCAGUUGAGCAUGUCUCUGAAAAAUUAAGAUUUGGCAACAGUGUUUGCUUCCUAGACUUCUACCACACCAAGGAAUUGCUAAACUGAAACACCAUACUAUGAUGAUGAUAAUAAAUUUAUUAAUUAUACCCCGCCCAUCUGGCUAGGCCUCCCCAGCCACUCUGGGCAGCUUCCAACAAGAUAUUAAGAACACAACAAAAGAUCUAGCAUUAAAAACUUCCCUAAACAGGGCUGCCUUCAGAUGUCUUCUAAAAGUCAGGUAGUUGUUUCUUUCCUUGAUAUCUGGUGGCAGGGCGUUCCACAGGGCAGGCACCACCACCAAGAAGGCCCUCUGCCUUCCAGACUCCCAAGUCAGGCAAGUUGGACCAUUAGCCCCCUCCAGGCUGCUACAGUACAAGUACUUGCAAACCUUACUCAAGAUUCUAACAGAGUAACUUAAUCUGGUCUACUCUAUUAAGAAAUAUACAGCAAACUUCCAAUAACCAGAGUGAUGCAGCUCAGAAUCUACUGGCUCUGAGCUGUCCCCCUCAAUCUUGACACCACUUGCUGAACACACAGUUUCAGGUUAGGGCACAGGUUAUUCCAGCAAAUCUCUCCUCUAAAUAUUCUACAUGGCAUCGAAGGAGAGUGCGGGAACCUAUGUUCAUACGAUUCCCCCCCCCCCUGCCCCAUGCUUCCUUGGGGUUGCCAUAAAAUGCAUGAUUCAUGUAGCAGUUGGGAUUUAGCAUACCUCCUUUCUCUCCCCCAAGACAGAAGUAGCUUGUCUCAAGCUGGAAAAUGCCUUCUAGCUCUCUUCCCCCUGCCCUUUUCUAUUUAAGAUGGACCCCCGGCGCUUUCUGUUCCUGAGGAGGUUUCACUGGAGAAUGGUGGCGUGAUGGACAUUGCGGUGACUUUAAGGUGAACUCUCAGGGUUUCUGAUCUCUGUCCUUGAAGGUUACAGGGAGGGGUGGUGGUGGUAAGAAAUAACUGUGGUUUUCAGCUCCCUAUUUGCCUAGUUAAGGGAUGCAGGUGGCGCUGUGGGUUAAGCCUAGGACUUGCUGAUCAGAAGGUUGGCGGUUCGAAUCCCCACGGCGGGGUGAGCUCCCAUUGCUCGGUCCCUGCUCCUGCCAACCUAGCAGUUUGAAAGCACGCCAAAGUGCAAGUAGAUAAAUAGGUACCGCUCCAGCGGGAAGGUAAACAGUGUUUCCGUGCGCUGCUCUGGUUCGCCAGAAGCGGCUUAGUCAUGCUGGCCACAUGACCCAGAAGCUGUACACGGGCUCCCUCAGCCAAUAAAGCGAAAUGAGCGCCGCAACUCCAGAGUCGGUCACGACUGGACCUAAUGGUCAUGGGUCCCUUUACCUUUUAUUUGCCUAGUUACGUCACUUCUCCCUUUGCAAAAUAGCCAGAAUAUAGCCGCCUCUUUCUUCCUCCAGGACAAAGGUCACACCCACACCAUUACAUUAAAACACUUAGCUUCUCCCAAGGAAUCCCUGUAGUUUACCCCCUAGAGAUAAAAUUCUGAGCCCUCUUAAAGAGCUAGAGUUCCCAGGAUUACCCUUGAGAGACAUUUAACAGUCAGCCCCUCUUCCUGGGGAACUCUGCGAACUGUAGCUCUGCAAGGAGAAUAGAGGUCUCCUAACAACUCUCAGCUUCUUGAACAAACUACAGGUCCCAGGAUUCUUUGGGGGAAGCUAUGGUAGUAUAGGGAUGCGGGUGGCGCUGUGGGUUAAACCACAGAGCCUAGGACUUGCUGAUCAGAAGGUUGGCGGGUCGAAUCCCCGCAACGGGGUGAGCUCCCGUUCCUCGGUCCCUGCUCCUGCCAACCUAGCAGUUCAAAAGCACGUCAAAGUUCAAGUAGAUAAAUAGGUACUGCUCUGGCGGGAAGGUAAACAGCGUUUCCAUGCGCUGCUCUGGUUCGCCAGAAGUGGCUUAGUCCUGCUGGCCACAUGACCCGGAAGCUGUACGCCGGCUCCCUCGGCCAGUAAAGCGAGAAGAGCACCGCAGCCCCAGAGUCGUCCACGACUGGACCUAAUGGUCAGGGGUCCCUUUACCUUUAUGAUAGUAUAAAGUUGGUAAUGCAGCUGGGGUCUUAGAAAUGCUCUGCGGUUCUGCUAAUGUCUAUCCUAUUCCCUCCCCCCCCCAUCUUUUCCAGCAAUCCGCUCAAUCAGACGCUGGUAAUCACGUUUAAUGUUACAUAUUCAUCCAGGGAAAACGGCACCAUCGUCGAGCUGCCUGAUCAAGUAAGUCCUGGAACGAACACCUGCCUUUUGGGAAAGGUCCCGGGUUCAACCCCAGAUAAGGGCUGGGAAAGAUUCCUGUUUGAAGUCCGGGAGAACCACUGCCAGCCCACGUGAAUCUGGUGAUGAGGCCUGGGGGCCGCUUUCCCUUGUGGGUGAGCUUCCGGGGGCCACAUGGCUGUGGUGGGUGGGACCAGCAGGGAAAAAUAAGUGGACCCAACUGUGUACUGCUGGCUGCAUUCCAACCGAGCCAAAGUCUAAUAUGUCUUUAUGCACACCAGCCUAUAUCCCUGUAUAGGCAAGCAAGAGGCAUCCAUGCAAUUCAGUUGAGCAGGGCAGUGUAGCAUUAGAGUCCCACAUGUGUCAUGUGUUUCUAUGUGCACAGCCCUCUCUGUUCAGGCGUUAUCAAUAGUUCAAGGCAAAAGCACUUGAGGAAGACAUAGAGCAUGUCCAUUGAGGGGUGUGGCCUUAGGAGAGUGGUGUGUGGCCCAGGGGAGUCCCAAGGGCCAGGCACAGUGCCCUGGAAUAGUUAGUUAUUUGUUUGUUAAAUUUGAAGACCACAGGGCAGUUUGCAACAUAAAUAUACAAAAUGAGAACACAAAAUUCAAUAAUAGCAAAAACAGACCAGAACCCCCUCCCACAAACACAUUUAAAAGGAUAUAGAAUAUUAAUUAGCCAAAGGCCUAGGAGAAAGAGGAAUGUUUUUGCCUGGCACUAAAGAUAUAUAACAAAGGCACCAGGCUGACCUCCCCGGGGAGAGCAGCCCACAAACUGGGAGCCACCACAGAAAAGGCCCUGUUCUCACAUUGCCGUCCUCCAGACCUGUCAGGAAGAAGGGCCUCAAAGGAUGAUCGCAGGGUCCGGGUCGGUUCAUAUGGGGAGAGGUGGUCCUUGGGGAAGAAAGCAACUUCUGUUGUCUCCGUGCUUUACCAGGUAAUCGUAACGGCAGGCGUAAAGAAGGUGAGCUUCCUAGUGAGAGCAAAAGAAGUCGGGCAGCUGACUGUGUAUCUUCAGUCCAACUCGUCCAACCAAACAGGGUAAGCAGUUGAGUCAGCCUUCAGUGUUUUUCUAUCCUUGUUACCACAGCCAUAAUGCUCCUUGGAACAAUUUCAGGAUUUUUUAAAAUUUCUUAAACUCGGCCUCCCUUCCCACUGAGGACCAGAAAUUUUCUGUUCCUACCUAAUUGUUUUAUGUUAUGGCUUGUGAGGCAAUUCUGGCCAAACCAUACCCACCUGCCCUACAGCUGACUUUGUGCCUGCCUCGCAGGGUUGUUGUGAAGAAAAAAUGUAGAGAGGGUGAAGCAUGCAUGACAAUUUGAGCUCUUUGGGGGAAAGGUGGGAUAUACGAAAUGCCAGAAUGCAGUUGAUAUAAUAUUGUAUCAUAACAUUUAUAUACUGCUUGGCUGACAAAAAACAAACCUCAGAACAGUUCGUGAAAAGACUAAAACCAUGAAGUCAUAAAUAAAAACGUUAAGAGCAAAAAUUCAAAAUUAAAAUCGAGGGUAACCUAAAGGCCAAAUUAAGAACACAUUUUUUUUUGUCUGCCUGAACAGAAUUAUUUUUAGGAGGCAGAGUAAAUUGGGAGAUGCUUGCUAGUAUGGAAAUCUGCUUUAAAAAAAACCCCAAACAGAUGUUUAUCCCAGACAGUGCUCCAUUUGAGGCCGCCCCCUCUGCCCUAAAUUUGGCAGGCCCCUCCCAAGAGAAACCUAUAGGGGCCUCCUCUUCCCUGUCUUUGAAAUGGACUCUGAAGGCUUCCAUCCCACUGGCUCCAGGGUGAGCCUCCUUGAGCCCGAUGGCUUUUAAAUGCCAGAGUUGAUCCGUAUAAUGGAUUGUGCUGUGAGCUUCCCUUUGGUGACCUGCUGCCCCUCCCUCUCCUGCAGGCCCAGAAUCCGCUUCCUCGUGAUCCACAGCAAUGCAGUGAGGAUCGUGGACCAGGUGAUUGGCUGGAUCUACUUUCUGGCUUGGUCAGUCUCCUUUUACCCUCAGGUGUUUGAGAACUGGAGACGGAAAAGGUAAAAAGGAAGCAGAGGGGUCUUGCUUUUGGGGUGCCCAUGAUACAGUUCUCAGAUUUCCAAAAGGCUGGGGACCCUGUACAUAAGCUCAAAUACAAUUCCCGCUCGCUUCUAGCUACCACUAGGGGGAGAUCGCAUAUAGAAAAACAACUUUUAUUUUUUGCUGUACAGACUUGCUUGUUCCUCCUUUGUCCCAUUUUCUCCUGGACACAGUAACUUUUGCCUCCCUUGAAGGAUCAGUCCCACGGCCACUGUGUCCCACUCUCAGCUUCCCCUCUGGCCUCUGACUUUACAGCGGACCCCUCCUCCAGGCUUCAUUCAGUCUUAAAAUCUCUGCAGUCUUAAGGCCUAGGAACUUGACAUUCUAGCUUUGGUUGAGCAGACGGGCAAGUUCAGAGCUGGCUGUCACUGUGAGACAUUGACGAUGCACAGCUUCUGGAAGCUAGCCGAUGGCAUUUUCCCUGUUGGGCCAAAAGCCUGCCUACCAAUGUGUACAUUUUAAUAACCUUUUGAUUGAUCUGAAAGGCCACCUCCUUCCCUACAGACCCCCUCAGGUGUUGAAAUUGGGGUGGUGGUGUCCCUCUUGCUUGUUCCACCACCCUCAGAAGCUCGGGAAGGAGCUGCACCAUUACAGAACAUCCUCUCUCCCUCCCUAUUGAGGUGGCUUGACACCUUCAAGAUAGUUUCUGGCCAAUGCAGAAGGCUCCUCUUUACUCUGGCUGUUGUCACCUGACAUGCAUAUGGUUUUAGUGCCCAUCAUAUUGCUAGGAUUGUAAGUUGUUCAAAACAGUCCCUUGAUCCUGUAUUUUAAAUUGUUUUUACCCGUUCUGGGUCCUUAGAGUGAAGGGUAGGUAACAAAUUUAAAAUACCGUAUUUUUCGCCCUAUAGGACGCUCCGUCCCAUAAGGCGCACCUAGUUUUUUUGGGGGGAAAAUAAAGGAAAAAAUUUUCAUUUCCCCCCCAGGCGCGGGGCUGGGGCGGGGGAAGCCCGAGCUUCCCCCGACCCCAGCCCCCAGAACAGGCUGCUAUCCGCAAGCCUGGAGAGUGAGAGGGGUCAGUGCGCACCGACGCCUCUCGCUCUCCAGGCUUCAGCGAAAGCCUGCAUUCGCCCCAUAGGACGCACACACAUUUCCCCUUCAUUUUUGGAGGGGAAAAAGUGCAUCCUAUGGGGCAAAAAAUACGGUACUAAGUUGCAAUAAUUUUCUUUCUUUUUUUAAUUUUUAAUUUAUACUUUUCAGAUUUAGACAUUUCACUGAUUUUACAAUCAUUCUGACAUUUCAAAACUUGACUUUCUUCCCCCACUUUCUGCGGUUCUUUAAAUUUACUUUUAAUACCUUCGGCAUAUUCAAAUUAACUGAAUUUAUUCAUUUACUCAUCUUCUUUAAAUAUAUACUCUUAUGAAACUGCCAAUGUUUUUAUCUGUUACAAUUUAUUCAAUAAACCAUUUCGAUUCGUUUAUAAAAAUAUUUAUCUUGAUUUCUUAUUCAAGAAAUCAAGUCGUAAUAAUUUUCUGGGUUUUUAUCCCCUGCCUCCUUCCAGCGUGGUGGGACUCAGUUUUGACUUCAUCGCCCUGAACCUUACCGGCUUCAUUGCCUACUCGGUCUUCAACGUUGGCCUCUUCUGGGUCAAAUCUGUGAAGGUAGGUGGGAACCCCUCUCCUUCCUUCCACUGGGGCUUGGCCAUUGCCUCAUAUUCCCAGUUCUGACCAGCAGCCUCCUGCCUCCUUAGGAGCAGUUCCUGCGCUCCUAUCCCAAUGGCGUGAACCCGGUGGACAGCAACGACGUCUUCUUCAGCCUCCACGCUGUCGCUGUGACUCUCCUCAUCAUCUUCCAGUGCCUGAUCUACGAGGUGAGCUUCGACCCUUCAGAUCGCUCUCUCGGAAGCUCUUUUAAGUGUUAAGAUAGUAUGCCCGCACCUUUUCCGACUGCUGGCAUGCCAUCUAUAUUGGUUUAACUCAAAGGAAAAGAAGCUUUUUCACUCCAGCAAGUCUCACCCCUGAAUUCCCUUUAGAAACAUAAGGUAGCCUUAUAGAGUUGGAUCAUUGGCCCAUCUAGCACAUUGCCUGCACUGGCUGGCAGCAGCUCUUCUAGGGUUUCAGGCAGGGGUCUCUUCUGGCCCUCCCUGCCUCGGAUUGAACCUGGACCUUCUGUGGGCUCUACCACUGAGCCACAGCUCCCUUCCUCCCGCCCAAAAUAAAGCAGGAUGCUAGUUCUCAUGGUUCCGAAUUAAGAGCAGAUUUAAAGAGGAAUGCAAGAAAGUGACUUAGGGCUGAGUGAGUCCAUCUAGCUCAGUGUCUACACUGACUGGCAGCAGCUCUCCAGGGUUUCAUACGGGGGCAUUGAACCUAGGACCUCCUGCCUGCCCAGCAGAUGCUCUAACCACUGAGCCAGGCCGAAAGAAACCCUCCACCCAACGUGCCAACUCCUGGUUCUGCAUGUCUCAUUUGUAAGUUGUUUAUGCUGAUGAUCUGGCCUUUCAGAGAGGGACCCAGAAGGUCUCCUGGGUGGCCGUUGGCUUGCUCGUCUUUGCCUGGCUCUUCGUCUUCGCCACCUUGUCCGUGGCCGCUGCCGGGAAGAUCACAUGGCUCGCCUUCCUCUUCUACUUCUCCUACAUCAAGCUGGGCGUCACCCUUGUCAAAUACUUCCCACAGGUAAGUGGGGACGGAUGGACCCAUUCUGAGUUUCAUGGCUGGGCUUCACCUCUGUCUGUCAUCAAGCUUCUGUCUCCUUUCUUAAUUUCCAUACCAAACAAUAUUAUGAAAGUUCGGUGCCGGCAGCAACCGCUUUAUGCGUGUCCCAUAUGCGUGUGACCGUGCAUACACGCCGAACCCCGAAGUGACCCCAAAACACCACAAAAAGGGGCAGAGAGGGUGUUUGCAGGCUUUUUCAAUGGGUGUCCUAAUAAUAUACAAUUUCACACAAGCACACAGCAACCCAGAACGCAGCCCCCGCGCAAAUGAGGAGUUGCCUGUACAGUGGUACCUCGGGUUACAGACGCUUCAGUUUACAGACUCUGCUAACCCAAAAAUAGUACCUCGGGUUAAGAACUUUGCUUCAGGAUGAGAACAGAAAUUGCACAGCAGCAGGAGGUCCGAUUAGCUAAAGUGGUAUCUCAGGUUAAGAAAGGACCUCCGGAAUGAAUUAAGUUCUUAACCCGAGGUACCACUGUAAUGCUGAUUAGGGUAUAAAUAUAAACUAUCCCCUCCCCACGAGCAGAAUUUAGAUGACACAAUAUAGGAUUAAGAAUCCUAUAUUUUAACCUGUAUUUUAAAUUGGUUCUCCCCCCCCCCAUUAUGUUUUUACUCUGAUUUUAUUGGUGUUAGCUGCCCUGAGCCUGGCUCUGGGCAGGGGUAUAAAAAAAAAUUUGGGGAGAGCAGGGUAUAAAUAAUUUUUAUUAUUAUUAAUAUUUAACAUAAUCAUCUGAUAUACAAUGAUAUAAAUUACUAAUUUUUCCUUUACAGCUUUCGUGGUUUUCUAUAGCCUGACAUCAAAACAAAUAACGCCAUUUAACGUGUCAUUUUCCUUAGUUCACCUAACCCUCCUUCAGUCGGUCCCAUUUUCCCACACCAUUUUGUAUGUAGUUGGGCCUGAUCUAUCAGAAAACCAGUGCCAGCCUACCAAAAACUCGUCUUUUGAAGCUUGGGAGACCAUCUUCCUUCCCAGUGGGAGCCCCUUUGCCCAGAUGCCUUCUCCCUCCUUUUUUAGGCUUACCUGAAUUUCCGCCGCAAGAGCACCGAGGGCUGGAGCAUCGGGAAUGUUUUGCUGGACUUCACGGGAGGCACCUUCAGCCUCCUUCAGAUGUUCUUGCAGUCUUACAACAAUGGUAAUUAUUAUUUUUAUUGUUAAAUUUAUCAGCUGCUUACUUUUCAAUGCAGCAACUCAGAGACUUACAAAAAACAACAACUGUACAUACGUAUGUUAAAACCAGUGGGGGAAUACAAUAAAACAUACCACCCCAUCGAAAAAGCCAUGGACAGUUCAAAGAAAAGGGGCUGGUUAGAAAGGAAUGCCUGUCACCUGAUACCUGAAGAGGGCACCAUGUGAGCUUUCUGGGGAGAGCAUUCCACAUACAGGGAGCCAUCACUGAAAAGGCCCCGUUCUCGUGUUGCCGCCCUCUGGACCUCUUGCAGAGGAGGCACACAAAGGAGGGCCUCAGAAUGAUGAUCACAGGUUCAUAUGAAAGGAGGCGAUCCUUGAGGUAUUGCUGUCCUGAGCUAUUUAAGGCUUUAUACGUCAAAGCCAGCACUUUGAAUUGGGCCUGGAAACUAAUUGGCGGAUAGUGCAGUUGGGCCAGGAUGGCAUUAUAUUCUCAAACUGUCUUGCCCCGUGGGGUGACCAACCUGGCUGCUGAAUUUCUGGACCAUCAGCUCCACAUAUGAUGUGUUGCAGUAAUCUAACCUAGAGCUAAGCAUGCUUGAUCAAGCCAGAGGGUUUGUCCUGCCACAGUUCUGUUUUUCUGAUACUGACCUUUCGUAAGAAUCUAAAGAUGGGCAGGGAGGUGGGAGGUGAUCUUCCCCAUAUGUUGCUGUACACAGAGCAUGAGUGGGGGAGCAACCUGCGGUCCUCCAGAUAUUGCUGGGCCCCCAUCACCCAUGUUAGGUGAAGCUGAUGGAAAUAUUGGUAUUUACUUUUUGCCAUCUUUUAUUUUUUUGAAUGAUUGUCGCAUUUAUUAUUAUACUAAUAUGCUGUUCACUUUGGGGGGCUGUCUUUGGGCCAAGAAGCAGUGAAUAAACAAACCCUUAAAAACCCCGUAAUCCUUUUCCAUUCUUGAAACUUCUGCGCUGGGUUUAGUCUUCCUCUAAAGCGGCAGAGCCCCCUCUGACCCUCUCAUUCCCUUGCAUGUAUACACUAGGCCUAAUCUACUGCCUACUGCCCCAUCUUGUCAGGGUGAAUUCAUACUGUGAUGUCCACCCCCCUUUUUUUUAAUAAAAACCCAAUUACCUGCUUAAGCAGCUUGGGGCAGAAAUCCUUUUUCUUUCUGUUGCACUCCUUUUGAGACAUUUAUAACAGGGAUGGGACAUUCCAGGCGCCACAUGCCGUCGAUGGUGGGGGGCACAGGGACAAAAGUGGGCAGUCCCAGGUGGGUUGCCUUUUGCACAGAACGCUGCAUUCCAGCCCCACAAGUCUGCAGUUUCAAGAAACAGGCGCCCUGCCAUCCAAGCAAACAAGUCAUCCUCCUCCUUUGUCCCAUUCUGCCUAGGCAAAAGUGCUUCGGGAGAGGGGUGGAGCAGGGCUGCUCGAGGAGUGCCCUGGGGAAGAGUCCCUGGCGGCUAGACAGAGCCCUAGAGGACUGCAUUGGCCUGGAGUUCCCCCUACUCUGCUUUUAGAAACCAUAAAAUAUGAUUGGGUUUGUGGGGAGGUGUGUGUGAAUCUCUCUUGGGAUGCCUUGUGUGAAGAUGCAGGCUAUUUUUAUUCUUUGCCCUCCCAAUUAUUAUAAUUCACCCUCCCAUUAGAUGUCAAGGAAAUAAACAACUAUCUGACUUUUAGAAGACAUCUGAAGGCAGCCCUGUUUAGGGAAGUUUUUAAUGUUAGAUGUUUUAUAGCUUUUUAUUAUUAAUAUUCUGUUGGGAGCUGAUGGGCGGGGUAUAAAUACAUUAUUAUUAUUAAGUAUACAUUUUGGUUUAUCAGCUUUUCAUUAUAUGACCCCCAAGUUUCAGCUUCAGGUGGACAGGAGGGGUACAAGUUUGGAUAAGCUUUCAUCAUGUCCCUUCCCCUUCUAGCCUUUAAUCUUUUCUCAACUUAUUCUGUUGCUGAUACACAAUCUGUAUUGCAUUCCUUCCCUGCUUUGCUUUUCAGAUGAAUGGCGGCUGCUUUUUGGGGACCCCACCAAGUUUGGGCUGGGCCUCUUCUCCAUCAUCUUUGACAUUGUGUUCAUCGUCCAGCAUUACUGCUUGUACCGCCGCCAAGAAUACGAGACUUUUGAGUAACCGUCUGCCCUGGUGGGACGCCCCCUCUGUGCUUGCCUUCGCUAGCUGAGCUUCCUUGAGGUGGAUAACACUACAGGAAUCAGACUGGGUUGUCUGAAAAGCACAGCGACUCUGCCUAUUCCUCACGUGGACUUAGUUACUACAAACCUCAUUUUGCUGCUCCAAAUCGCCUUCCGGUGCCUUAAUGCCUUCUGAGACUGCAGCACAACUCCUGCAGAGGGAAAUCUCUUGGGGGCUUUUCAGGCAAGUGGUGCUCACAGCUGCUUCAGAAGGAAGAUGGGGGUUACUUCUUCCUCUCCAGCUGUUUACGGCUGUGAGUAUGGGCCAUUAUCUUGCCAUCUAAAAGUUUGCAGCUGCCUGCAAGGAAGGAGAAAAGGGUCGCUCCUCUGAAGGAAUCCAUGCCAACAACACAAACUACUUAUAUACUUGAAGGUUAUUUGUGCCACAGAUGCAAGUCUUCCUUUGGGCUGGGGGAAGAGGAAGGAAAAGGGGUUCAUGGAGGUUGUUUUGAGUCAACCUCUUCCUUCCCUUGUUAGCUUUGCUGUUGAGAUGAAGAACUGGUAAUCUGGCCUUUUUUAAACAAAAUAAAAACAACUUUGUACAAGGGCG